AUGCUAGCCCUAUACACACAUUUGCUAUGCGUCUUUGGCGCAUACCUCGCAUGUCAGCGGUCUCUCAAGACAUACAUGGGCAUUUCAGCGCUUAUCACUUACGCCGAGACCGGUCCUCCAAUUUCCAAAGAAGAACCAAUUUCAGAUAAGCCUAAGACACCAUGGUGGAAAUCAACUUCGGUUCAAAGUCUCGUGCUAUCUAUGCUACUAUCAACCUCAUUCAUCUUCAUACUUGGUGUACCUGAUAUCACCUUGACAUCCGUGCUGAAUACGAUUUGGGGAGGCUCAAUAACACACCUCACAGGCAAUAACAUAUAUCAAAGCUUGGAUUGCAUACUACCUUCACAAAGAAUCGAAAAGCUCGACAAGAGAAAUAAAUCGUAUUGCGCGGUCGCAAUUCCGGAUCCCAACGUAUCCGAUCCAUUUUAUAAAACAGAGACAUGCCGUAGAUUCCUCACCUUUUUGAUUACAGGGGGUAUCAUGGUCUCUGCCUUUUCGGGAGUUCUAUACUUGACACCUAUAGUUGCAUUGACUCAGGUAAUACCUAUGGCUGGUAAAACAUUUUAUGUUAAAUUAACUGUCAGAAGCGCUGUACGGGUUGUUUCAGGGCUAUUGACGUUUUUCGCGUUGCUCGGUAUAGUAAUCGUCAAUUUCGUAACGGUCAACAAGGACAAGGCACCGAAAGAAACAUCUAUAUUCACACAGCGGAUGAUGAAUGUCCUUACUAUGCUUUAUGCUGGUAUGGCUAUGAUGUUACCCGCAGCUUUGCUAGCGAUAACGUAUCGAUUCGAAUAUGUCAAUUCCCCUUCUUUCGCCCAUAAACCGACUGCCGAGAACGGUCAGAUUGCUACACCCAUUCAAGUUCCUUCAUUCAGCAGUCCAAUCACCUCAGUAGGUGUUAUCACCUAUAUCGCAAGUGUAGUAGUAUACCAUGCGGUUUCUCCUCUUCUAUUCAAUAUGGACUACAUUACAUCUGCUUCAGGUAUAUUGUUCGUGGCAUUUCCACUUACCGUUGUUGGAACGACUUUGAUGGCACGGCGGACCGGAAACCUAAAAGGAUGGCUUGAUUAUUACGAUGUAUGGUACCCGUCAAUCCCGUCCGAUGAGGGGGAUACCUCCAAAUCCGGUGUAGAACAAGCUCCAAUCUAG